AAAGGUGCUAAGAAGGAAUCGUCAUGGUCUGAAUUCCAGCAGGCUAUUGAAGUCUCCUACAAGUCCUAUUUUGAAAACCUGACACCACGUUUAAAGCUUGUCGAUACCUUUCUGGUGUUCCUAGUGGUUGUUGCGUUGGUACAAUUCGUGUUUGUUAUCCUUGUUGGUACAUUCCCGUUCAAUGCCUUCUUGGGUGGGUUCAUAUCCACUGUGGGACAAUUUGUGCUGACGGUGUCGUUGAGAUUACAAUCUCUUCAGUCGAAUUCAAAGAUAUUCCCUGGAAUCAGUCCAGAGAGGGCAAUUGGUGACUACAUCUUUGCUUCUUUGAUUCUACAUUUCAUAGUGUAUCACUUCAUU